AUGUUGCUUCAUGUAUUCCUUGCGGAUGAUGACAUCCGGAGAGUUCAAAUUGAAACACUUCCAGAGACGGUUGAUGAACUAAAGACUGUGCUUAAGCGCAAACUCAUCCUGGAGGGUGAGAUGAUCAUCCAAUUUCAGGAUCCAGAAUUCAACAAUGAGUUCUGCAACGUGACUGACAUAUCCGAGCUAUCUACAGAAAGGGUGAAAUAGAAGAUUAUAAUGAAGGCACCACCCAGCUCAUCCCGAUCGGACUACACUUUGGACACAGGUAGUGUGGACACUUCCAGCUGCUCAUCAGGACAGGCUUCAUCACUCAGCGGUCGUUCAAAGCACUGGCCUGAAUCAUUUGUCAUACCAAGCUUUUCUUAUGACAUAGAGUUGAAACUCAGAAAAGGAAAUUACGCCUUUUGAAAACAAUGGUUCACUGUUGACCACUACCAAUGAUGUCAAGACUGACAUUCUGGACAAGCUUGGACGUGCAAUGUAUGACUUUAAAUCAUAUCCAACCCAGAAACAAGUUGAAGAAGUAGCAAAAGCCCUUGUAAAAAAGCAUCCUUGCUUAAGAGAGCUAGGGUCCACAGAGGGAUGGUACUGUUGGAAGUUUAGCCUCGGUUUUAAGAUGGGAAAUCUUCGUCAAAACUAUCGCCUAGCUGGAAGUCCUGAGCUAAGAAUCAACAGCAAAAGGUCAUCGGGUGCAGGGAGUGGAGCCAAUAAACUGAAAAAGCUAAACGGUUAGAGAUCAAUUUCCUUCCAGAUAUUCCUCAAGGGAGAACUCUCGACAGCCUGGUGGAGGAGAGAAAAACGUUUGAAGAUGAGAUAAAGAAGAAGAAGCCGGACCUGAAAAGGAUUGAUUCACUGAUGAGAAGCACAUUUGCGCUGCGGAGACAGGAAAUAGUUGAAAACGAGCCACUGGUGUCUGACGUUAAAAGCAAAUGGCCAGCAUUGUUUUCACAAAGACAGGUGAGUCCUUGAAAUGUUUGCCAGAUACAAUUUGGGAAACCAUCACAUGUAACAUCCUCAUUAUUACUGUUUUCUGUUGUGAUACAUGUUGAUUUUAUGGCAUUUGUCUUCAGAUUGCAGCUGAAUUUAUGCGCCUUGUGUCAGCUGACCUCCACAAAUCCUUGCUGGAUGGGCUCGACCGGUAUGUGCCAAGACUCCUUGAGUUGUACAGAGCUCAAGGUAGUCGCGUCACACAACUUCAACAUCUGUUGGAGUCUUUGGGUGUUCAAGUAAGUGAAAAAGUCACACCUAUUUAAAAUGACACAAUAGUUUUAUUCUGAUAGUAUGUUUGUGUUUUUUUUUACCAAGCAUUAUUUCUUAAGGUCUCAUUCGGACAGCAAACUUUCAUUAUAUCAGAAACUGUAAGGCAAGGUUCAUCAACUCCGGUCCCAAAACACUUCAGAUUUUUUAUUUUACCUAGUAGAUAAUUGCAAUCACCUGCUUUCCCAGGUCUAAACCAAUCCCUUUUUAGAAAGGGAGAACAAAAAUCAGAAGUGUUUCGGCCCUUCAGGACCAGAGUUGAUGAAUCCUGCUGUAAGGGAACAAAUAGAUUGAUAGUAUUGCAUGUGCAAGGAGUCUGUAAAGAAAGUAAUUUUUUUGUUAAUUUGUGGUUUCAUGUUGUCUCAGAACUCCAACCAGAACAAAAGAGCUGCAGCGCUGCUUGGGUUGCCACACUUCAUGAAAGAAGACCCCUCCAACUUCAUUAAGUUCUGCCAGGUGUGUUGGACAGUUGAAAGAAACAUGUCAUUGUGUGUUAACCCUUGGGAGACUAUAUAUUUAAUUUUUCAUUAAAUCUGCCUAGAUCUUCACUUUAUGGCCUCCAAAAUGGUCCCCCUUUUUUGGUCCCCCUUUGUUAUAAUGAAUAUACUACUGAAUUCAGCUGAAUCUCAACUGCACAGAACAGUUGACAUUCUUUUUGAGAAUGUUAAAUAUCUUAUUCUUGACUUAGAAGUUGACAUUUUAGAGAGAAAUCCAAAAAACGUAUGUUCAUUCCUUCAGCUGGAUAUACUGGUCCACUUUGUGCUCACAUUACUCAGCCUGUGUAACUUUAGCAGAAUGGCUAG